UCACCCAUCUCCCCCCCCCCAAACUGCCGCCCCGUUGCCUAUAGCAACGCCUCACAGCUCCACUAACUCCAGCAUGGUGCGCAUCACUGAAGACCUUAUCCGGCGGCGUGCUGAGCACAACAACUGCGAGAUCUUCACCCUGGAGGAGGUGUCACUACAUCAGCAGGAUAUCGAGCGGAUAGAGCACAUCGACAAGUGGUGUAGAGAUCUGAAAAUCCUCUAUUUACAAAACAACCUAAUUCCUAAAAUAGAGAAUGUUGGCAGGCUGAAGAAUUUGGAGUAUCUGAAUCUGGCCCUGAAUAACAUUGAAGUAAUUGAGAAUUUGGAAGGCUGUGAAAGUCUACAGAAGCUGGAUCUUACGGUGAAUUUCGUGGGCCUGCUGAGCAGUGUGGAGUCUCUGAAACACAAUGUUCACCUUCGGGAGCUGUACCUGGUGGGAAACCCUUGCUCAGAGUUUCAGGGUUACAGACAGUAUGUUGUGGCCUGCUUGCCUCAGCUAAAGUGGUUGGAUGGUACAGCAAUAAGACGGGCUGAACGAAUACAGGCACUCCAAGACCUGGAUGACCUGAGAAGGCGUGUCUUACAACAGGAGGCGGAGUAUUCAAAAAAGAGGGAGAAGCAGAAGAGGGCAGGGCUUAAAGAGGCCACACCCAGCAACCCACAGAAUCUAGAUCAUGAACAUCUCUGCAGAAACUUGUCAGCUUCUGAGAACACAGAGGAGGACAGUAACCAAGUCCUGAACUCCACUACUAAGCCCUUAUCAAACCAAAGCCAAAACCAAGAUGUGAACUCAUACUCUAAAGACCAGGAGAGGGAAUUCUGGGAGACGCCAUGUGCCUUCACUCCAGAGUCAAGGCUGGAGGCACACCACCACCUAGAGGAAACGAGAAGAGCUAAAGAAAGACAGAGUGGACCAAACGGGACAGCCAAGACCCCCAGAACUCUGAUCACUGCUGAGGGAAAAGUACUGAAUGUUAAUGAGCCUCAGCUGGACUUCCACCUCACUGAUGAUGAAGACAACAACUGUAUGCUUCUAGACCUACAUGUGUACAGGCAUUUGGACACAUCUCUGCUGGAUGUGGAUGUUCAGCCUACUUAUGUGAGAGUGAGUGUGAAAGGAAAGGUCUUCCAGUUGGUUUUAGAUGCUGAGGUGAAACCUGACAGCAGCACAGCCCAGAGAUCUCAAACCACCGGCCAUCUGCUUCUCACUAUGCCAAAGGCACAUGGAGAGAUUAAAAUAAAGAAAACCAUACAUAAAUCAUCCACUGGUAAAAGCAGCAACAGCAGUAUGGAGGAAAAGGCCAGGGUGAAUUCUACUCAUGAGAGGUUAGAAGUUGAUCCCACCAAAUGCUCAUCUGUAGACCUGGCCAACAUCGUCCCAAAAGAACAGCAGACCACCCACGGUCCCCUGCAGUUCUCUCAUAGACUACAGUUCUGUGGCAUCCAGGAGAAGCCCCUUUCCAAGGAGUUUGUGGAUGACCCAGAGGUUCCCCUACUUAUCUGACAGAGACAGAGAGAUAAGAGGAGGAUGAGCAUCAUAGUAUUUUUUUAUUAUUAUAUUACAUUUAUAAAGACACUACAAAAUGACACCACAAAGUAACUUGAAAUUCUCCAUGAAAUGCACCAAUUCCAUAUUUAACUGUACAGUUUAUAGUGACGAAUGAGAAAAAGCUGAUUAGAUCUUAUAAGAUAAUAAAUGACCUAUACUCUUUGAAUUGUUGUCAGUUUGCUUGCUUUACCUUAAUGUUUGUAACAUUGACAAAUUGUCUGUUAUUGUGCUCUAGAUUCAGCGCUUUUCUCAACAGUUUUAGCAUUAAUAACCAACAAAUCUUUUAGCUUCUCCUGAUUUUGCUUCUCUAGCCAACAGGUCUUUCAGCCACAGCGGUUUUAGCAAUGGUAGCCAACAAACCUUUUAGCUUCUGCUGAUUUAGCUUCGUUAGCCCACAUGUCUUUUAGCUUUAGCUGCAUUAGCAUUGAUAGCUAACAGGUAUUUUAGCUUCUCCUAAUUUAACUUUGCUAGGCAACACGUCUUUUAGCUACAGCUGUUUUAGCUUUGCUAUCUAACUGGUUUUGUAUCUGCAUCUGUUUUAGCAUUGGUAGCCGACAAAUUGUAUUUCAGUCUGUGUUUGUCGGUCUUUGCACCUUCCCCUGUUGUUUUGUCAAUCCAUGUUUCAUCUUGGUAUUUACCCUGUGUUUAUCUCUUGUUUGAUUCUUGUUUAUGUCUUGUUUAUUCCUUUGUUUAUUCUUCCUUGUCCUGUUAAGUUUAUUUUCUGUCUAGUUUAGUUCCUCGUUUGUUUUUUUUUGUUAUUAAAUAAAUCCACCUUACCUGCAUGUA